AUUAAAAGUGGAAAAAAAGCACAAUUCUUUCCUCCUAGCAGAAGCUAAAGUUCCUUCUGUCUCCCUUUUUUUUUCUGUCUCUUCAAUUUCUAAAUCAAAAAACCAUCAUUUGAUAAAAAAAAAAAAAAAACAUCAUUAAUGGAAACCCAUCAACAAAUCCCCAUAAAUUCAUAACAUCCAAACCUCAAAACCAUUCUUGAUUUUACUGAAUAAAAAUUUGAUCUUUUUUUUUUUUUCCUCUUUCAAGAAUGGAGUUGGAUAGCAUUGAAUGUGUAUCAUCUUCAGAUGGCAUUGAUGAUGAUGAGAUCCCUUUACAUCAUCCACAUAUAAUUCAUUCUCAAUUUUCAUCUUCAAAAACACCAAACAAUAACAACAACAAUGUUAACAUUAAUAUUAAUAAUAAUAAUGAUGGGAUUUCAUCAAUUCAUUCUACAACAAGUGUUCAUGAGCUUCUUGAAUGUCCUGUUUGUACUAAUUCUAUGUACCCUCCAAUCCAUCAGUGUCACAAUGGACACACAAUCUGUUCGACAUGUAAAGCUAGGGCACACAACCGAUGUCCCACUUGUAGACAGGAGCUUGGAGAUAUCAGAUGUUUAGCACUGGAAAAGGUGGCUGAAUCACUCGAGCUCCCUUGCAAAUAUGGCUCUGUUGGGUGUCCCGAGAUAUUUCCUUAUUACAGUAAGCUAAAACAUGAGUCAGUUUGCAACUUUAGACCAUACAAUUGCCCGUAUGCUGGGUCUGAGUGCUCAGUUGGAGGUGAUAUUCCUUACUUGGUUGCUCACUUGAGGGAUGAUCACAAGGUAGACAUGCACUCAGGAUGCACUUUCAACCAUCGGUAUGUGAAAUCUAAUCCUCGAGAAGUAGAAAAUGCGACGUGGAUGUUAACGGUUUUCAAUUGUUUUGGUCAGUGCUUCUGUCUGCAUUUUGAAGCCUUUCAGCUUGGAACAGCUCCUGUUUACAUGGCGUUUCUUCGGUUUAUGGGAGAUGAGAUGGAGGCUCGAAACUAUAGUUACAGCCUGGAAGUUGGGGGUAAUGGAAGAAAACUUACCUGGGAAGGUACGCCCCGAAGCAUAAGAGACAGUCAUAGAAAAGUAAGGGAUAGCCAUGAUGGGCUCGUUAUACAACGUAACAUGGCACUUUUCUUUUCUGGAGGGGAGAGAAAGGAGCUUAAGCUACGAGUGACUGGACGGAUAUGGAAGGAACAGCAGAAUCCUGAUGGCGGAGCAUGCAUGCCCAACCUCUGUACUUAAUGUACUGAUAUUUCAAGACAAACAGAUUCAGACGUUGAAGAUUGUUCGAAAAAUGUGUGGAAAGUUUUGUUCAUAUGUAUGAACUGACGAGUGUAUGUUUUGUUAUUAACGCUUGGAAGAGCAUGUACCAUAAAGAUCUAACCUAUUUUUCUCCUAACAAAACCUACUUGUGUGCC